GAGUUGACCUGAGUGUCUGAUCUGUCCAGUUCUCUCCUGCUCGUCCGACUGCGCCCUAACGAGUUAUUUUCCUUGCUCUGUUCCUUUUCUCCCCCGACGCGGGAUUCCUUCCUUUGACUUUAUUUCCAACCUUGUCGCUUGCGAGCCUAUCGAUUCCUCGACCGAAUCCGUUGUUGUUCCGUUGGUGCCAGGUGGAGGUAUACCCUGGUUAUACUACCUAGGCAGUGUGCAGUUGAAUGUCCCGGCGACAUUGAGUGUAUUUGCAUGCCGUAUUACAGUCUAUCGUUACUCUCAGCCUUUACAUCCACAAUCGUUUUGUCUCUUCACCUCUAGCUUACGAAAACAAUGUUGUUGCCGCGGCUUUCGACGCUCUUGUGCCUGGUUGGCCUGACGGCUGUGCCCGCAGUCAACGCCUAUGACGGGGAUGAGAAUGUUAAGAGCAUCCCGCUUCGAACUCAUAGUCUCUCUGCCCCAUACUUGGAUUCAGACUUCCAAAGCCGCUGGUUCGAUUUUGGUGGUGAUACAGUGAUUCGUGCCGACAAAUAUGUCCGACUUACCGCGGACCGACCAUCGCAGCAAGGAUGGAUAUUCUCUCGCGUUCCUCUAACUGCGACAAACUGGGAGAUUGAGUUUGAAUUUCAGAUUCAAGGAGAGGGGAACCUACACGGCGAUGGCUUCGCCAUGUGGCUCACCAAACAGCGCGCUACACAAGGGCCCGUCUUCGGUUCAACAGAUAACUUCGAGGGCCUGGGAAUCUUCUUCGACACAUACAAGAACAACCGCCCCGGCACAUCCUUCCCAUACGUCAUGGCCAUGAUGGGUGACGGCAAAACCAGCUACGACCAAGCCCAUGACGGCAAGGCCAACGAAUUGGCUGGAUGCUCUGCUCGCGGUCUUCGCACUACCUCGGUCCCCACCAAGGCCCGCCUUACCUACUUCCAAGACAAAUCCCUAACCCUAGACCUCCAAUACAAAGCCGAGGACACCUGGACUAACUGCUUCACGCUCCUGAGCCCCGAAACAAACAUUGCCAUCCCCUCUGUCGCAUAUCUCGGUUUCUCCGCGGAGACUGGCGAACUCAGCGACAACCACGACAUCAUCUCCGUUAAGGCCCAGAACCUAUACAACGUCGGUGGCUCGAAGGGCACCGGCGGCAGCGGUCCUUCCCGCAAACCCAACAAGAGUCAGGGCAGCAAGUCGAGGAAGAGCCAGGGAAGCAGCUGGUCGUGGUUCCUGUUCAAGGUGUUCUUCUUCAUUGCCGCUUGUGUGGGUGGGUAUGUUGGGUGGACUGUGUACAGGUCUCGGACGAGGUAUUCGCGAUUCUAAGCGACGGGCUUAUUGUUGGUGGAUGGACUUUAUGGAUUGAUUUCGGUGAUGGGUUGAUUAUUGUUCUGAACUGGUGUGAAGAAAAUAACAAAAACAUUUCAAUUUGUUGUUCUAUAUUUGAUCUGCCUUUUUCACGUUCAAUAUCUCUAUCGUUAUUUUGCAUAGCCAUGAUGUAUGCGUACAUUCUGAUUCCCUUUGCUACUAUGAAACGAGCCAAAAGUUUCACGAUUGUGUAUUUCACUGUUUCGAAAUAUAUGAACGCUUAAGUUUCUAUGCAAAAACGGGUAUCAAUAGUAUCAACGCUAGAAUCCUCC